AUGCUCAACAAAGAUAAAGCUAAUUCACUUGAAUUUAAUGUUUCAAUUGUUCAAGAUUUAGCCACAACAAAUUUCUCAAAUUUAAAUUAUUCUUCACAAUUUUUGCCUGUUCCAAUGCCUACUAUAUCUUGCACUCAAAAAUUCCUUAUAUCAUCUACUAAUCAAUUAUUUUAUUUUGAUGCAGCCUCAAGCAUCAUAGAAAACCAAAAAUUUACACUAUGUUAUUAUUUUAAGUGGGAUUUAUCAAUAAAUCCACUUAUUUGAGAAAAAGCUCCAAAUUCAUAUAUAUCAAAAUCAAACAUUUUUUCAGAUUUUUAUAAUGCACCUUAUCAUUUAAUUGUGCUUUAUGCAUUUCUGAUUCUAUUUGCUCGUAAAAUUAUGGAUUUAGCAAAUAGAGAUGGCAAGCUCAAUUUUCAGCUAAUUAUUAUAGUUGGUCUCACAGCACAAGUUUAUUGCAUUACCUAUGAUUCUGGCUCUUUCUCAUACCAAAACAUAUUAUGUUUAUCAUAUUGUCCUACGGGAAAUUUACAAUCUUUUACAACGUCGACUGCAAUGUUUAUACAAGACAGUGUUUCAGGAAAUGUACAUGUAGGGCACGACAGCUCUGGCUUUACAGGCUUUUUAUGGAAAUUGAAUAUUUAUAACUCAAAUGGCUUACACUUAAGCGAUUGGAGAACAGUAGGAUGCACAUCACCCUGCACAAAAUGUUCAAAUAACCUGAGUUGUCCAAGUGAUUGCCCAUUAAAUAAAUAUAUAUAUGGUUCAUCUUGCUUAGACUGUAUGGCAAGCUGUGAUAAAGGAUGCGUAAGCUCUGAUACUUGCAAUUUAUGUAAGACUAAAGAAUGUGCUACAUGCGAAGCAUUCACAGGGACAGACUCAUGCUCGACUUGCAUUACGAAUGCUGUUAGUGAUGGAAAUGGAGGAUGCACUUGCAAUACUAAUGCAUUUUGGGUAUCUUUAACUCAAUCAUGUGAAAAAUGUGAUGUGAUUUGCUCGAAUUGCUUAAAAACAGCUUAUUUUGAGUGCUCAACUGGCCAGGCAUAAAACCGAUUUUCUUUUCUCCUCUUCAAUAUCAAGCUACUUAGUCUUGAUAAUUGGAAAUAUAAGAGAUGCUGCACUAUUUUCACUUCUAAGCUAUUAUAAUGCGGUUAUAGUAUAUUUAAUAAUAUAUUUAAUACUUUAUACUAUAUAUCUAGUGCACGAAAGAAUAUUUAUAUCUUUAGCGAAUUUGGCAUUAUUUUUAUAUUAAAUUUAUAUGAAAUAUAUCAUGCUUAUAUGUUAAAUAAGCUAGAUAAACAGAUUACAUCUUUAAAAACUCAUUAAUUUAAGCAAUCAAUGCUAGAUUAUAUACGUGUCUAUAACAAAUAAUUAUGCUUGAUUUUAUUUAUUUUUGUUUAUCAAUUUUAAGGCAGAAUUCGUCUAAAUCCAUAUUUGUGCGGCUAGGGAUAUAAAAUUAAGCAUUAAAUAUAUAUCUAGAAAUGCUAUAAUAGUGUUAUGGUGAAAUAGCGUAAUGUCUCUUAUAUUUCUUAUUAUCAAGACUAUGUAGUUUAGUUGUGAGGGUAGGGUUAGGUUUCAUGCUUGAAAACUCAACUUGUACAGGGAGCUAUCAACUAGUUGGAAAUGUCUGUCUAAAUGGCUGUCCUUAUGAGUUUGGUGGGUCUUGUUUGCCUGUAACAACCCCUGUGAUAAAUAAUUCUUUCAAUAUAGAUUUUCAAGGCUAUUAUGGAAUUUUGACAACAGGAACCAGUUCAUCAUCUUUUCAGUUUUUUAACACUCCAGAAUCAGUUGACCCAAUUCCUGCCUAUAUGAGAGGCUUAUAUUUUGAUGGGAGUGCUUAUCUUUUAUAGGGUUUUACCCUUAAUAGCCCGAUAAGGGCAGAUGAUUCCUGGAGAAAUCAUCGAUUUGAUCCAACCAAAGGCACUAAGUUGGUUGGACCAACUUGAUGAUUUCGCCAAGAAUCAUCUGCCCUUAUCGGCUAUAAAGGGUAAAACCUAUAUCAUCCGCAUCAAUACUCCUUUAUCAUAGUUUUUCUAUUGGAUUAUGGCUAUAUGUGACUGCGAGUGGCGAUAUAUUAGAAAAACAAACUCGGCUUAUUUUAUCAUCAUCAGGAGUUGCAGCUAUUAUGGAAGAUCCUACUCAAGCUGCAGCUUCUAAAACAUUGUCUUUAGGCGCAACGCUUGCUGAUUGGAAUUAUUUGUCAGUUACUUUUGCAUAUUUAUCUGGUAGUACAACUAUCACAAUCUAUGUCAACAAUGUUAUAGCUUCAACCCUACCAGUUUCAAAAUAUAUUUAUAGAGACCUUGCUUCCACAAACUUAAUGAUUGGCAAAAGCAGUUCGUCCGGGUUUAAAGGGUUUAUUAACUCUUUUCAGCUCUGAAAUGCACCAAUCAGCUCUUUUUCAAGUUAUAUUAUUGCUGUGUGUGGAUCAGGGCACGCUUGUUUAUGGUCUUGUGACUUGUCUCAUUUUUGAAGUGGAUCUUCUUAUAUAUCCUGCAAUUCAUGCAUCAAAGGCUGUGUAAGAGCUGGAAAUUGCAAUAUCUGUGAAGAUUCAUUAUGCUUAAUAUGCACUGGCUUUGGAUCAGGAAAAUGUACUCAAUGCGUUUCCAAUGCAAGUUUUAUAGGCACAUAUUGCCAAUGCAAUUCUGGAUAUUAUUGGAAUGAUAUUAAUGAAAGCUGUGAGCUAUGCGAUAUAUCAUGCAAAUCCUGUGCAUCUGCUAAUUGGUAUGAUUGCUUGACGUGCUAUAGUGGAUAUUAUAUGGUUUUAGGAAUUUGCUCUUCAAGCUGCCCAUCAGGAUAUAUUUCUUCUUCAGGUGUGUGUGCAUUUUCUCAUGAAAAAAUAUUUGAUUUAAAUUUGAAUACUCUGAAUGGCAUAGUUUAUGAUGAUGCAAGCUUAAUUCCAGUUAUAACUGGAUCAACAAAACAAUUUUAUCCAGACUAUGAAGCCGAUGACCCUAUCCCUGCUUACCUAAGAGGCUUCUAUUUUAAUGGUGAAUCUUCAAUUUUAAGGAUGCCAGAGUGCUCAACCUAUACAUUGCCAAAACUUGUUAUAGCCCCGGCUUUCACUAUUUCUAUAUGGCUUAAUAUUGAAACAGCCGAUUCUGCUAUAUUUUCAAAGCAUAAUAUUUCUGAUAAUUACUCAACUGUUUACUAUAUUUCUCUAAUAGCAGGCAAGCCAACAAUUUCGCUUCUAAUAAGCUCAUCUGCAUUUUUUUAUAUGUCCCAAACAUCGCUUAAUAAUUAUGAAUGGAGCCAUAUUGUAUUUACUUUGGAAAUGAACAGGGCUAUAAUAUAA